CGUUACAACUAGCGGCGAGUGUAUGGACUCAAUAAUGUUUAUCGCCGCAACUGCGAUGUGAACAUUGACUUCACGGAAGUAUGGUUUUCUGGUGGUACAUGGUACGUCCAAAUAAUUAACCUGAUGGUCCUUAAAUUAUCGUAUUGGACUCUUCUUAGCUUCUACGUAUUUUUUUUCCGAGACUGGUUUGGGACACAUUGGCCAGUAUGUUUUGGAGCAAGAACGAGAAAGCGUGAGUUUAGAAAAUGCUGUGCAAGUUCAAAAACAUCUGUGUUAAAUAUUUGAAUUUCAUCAUUUUCAAGUGGUUAAAGGCUCAGUUUUUAUUUGGCAAAGUGCUGUUACUGGCCAUCAGUAGUGCUACUUAUAUCAUCUAUUUCGCUCAGCCAACGACUAAAAUAUUUAUUGAUCACGUUGUUGAGACUAGAACUGAAACCCUUUUGCCGUCUAGUAAAGUGCCAGAAGAAGCAAUAAAUAUUUUUACUCACGAAAAACUUUUCAUGGGAGACAACAUCAGUCCUAAUGGUCGAGAUGAAAUCGCUACUAACAUAUUAGAAAUUGAAAAAAAUAAUUUGCCACAAACAAAGGAAUCGUUGAUGAAACAGUUGCAAUUGUUGAAGAAAGAAAGAAGACUUGAUAAAGCUCGCAUCGAUACUCUGAGCAAAAAUUUUGAGAAGCAGAAGACAAUUUUCGAAGCUAACAUAACGGUGAAUCAAGAGUUUUUCAAGUAUGCUUCUCUUGUUUUGCGCAAUAUUUCUUAUCCCGGAGUAGAAAAUUAUACGCGAUAUGCAGUGGCUCGCUUAGGACUGCUGCCUUUGAUUUAUGUGGAACCAUUGAAACCGGAAUUCGGUCCGGUGAUCAACGACGUCCUUUCUUUCCAAUACCCCAUAACCAUCGGCCCGUGUCGUCUGGACGUUAUUACAGUCGAUCAAAAGGUUUUCGUAGCGGUCGUGUCAGCCCCUGGCAAUUUCGGAAAGCGAAAAAUCAUUCGACAAACAUGGAAAAUUCAUUUAAAAGCUGAGUAUGAAAAAGGUUUGUUGGGUAUUGUCGGCUUUGGUUUCAUGUUGGGAUUGACGACGAGUGAUGUGAUGCAAGCUCAAAUCGAGGAAGAGAGCAAGAUGUAUGGCGACAUCAUUCAGAUUGGAGUGUCUGAUUUCUACAGAAAUUUGUCGCUGAAAGUGGCCGGUAUCUUCAACUGGCUGUACAGAAACUGCAACAAAGUCGAUUUCAUUUUCAAGAUAGACGACGACGUCUACGUAAAUGCGCGUAAUCUAGCUCAUUUCGUCCAGCAGUCGCAUCAUCAAUCAAAUCCAAGGAUGUUUGGUUUGCCAUCUGAAUAUCUCUCUCCUAACAGAGAUGGAAAAUGGGGCAUCACGUACGAGGAAUGGCCAUGGAGUCACUAUCCGACAUAUUACCUUGGUCCAGCUGUUUUGAUAACCGGAAGUGCCAUCCAUUCAUUAUUGGCUGCUUUUCAAACGACGCCCAUGAUGCCUUUCGAGGACGUCUAUUACACUGGUAUAUGCAGAGAAAAAGCUAGCAUCAAACUUCAUUUUUUCUCCAAAUCGUCUAAUUGGUAAGUGUUUUUGUCUUUUCGUGCAAUUUAUGGGCAUUUAGAAAUUAUGUUAUUAACCCUCGUAUUUUGACU